UUCCCCUCCGUUUCUAGAUCAAUCAAUCCGACCAAUUACCAAAGAAGAUCACAAAAAUUUUGUUCGAACACGCGCAAAUUUAGAUGUCAAUCUAUCACGCUUAAUCCUAAACGUAGUGCGGAUAGCGAGGAUACAAAAAUGACGGAAUCCGCCCCUCCGCCCUCCGUCCCCAAUACGACCGCAACGCCGGCAGGCCCAACAGCAACCACAAACCAAUCCAUAACCUCCAACAAUAACGGCAAUGGAACGGCGUCAUCCCAAAGCGGAGCCAAUCGCGGCAUUCCUUACUACGAGAAACUCCGGCGUGAGCUCCGCGAUACAUUACAAAAGAAGCGAUUAAUGGACAAGAGCAUGGCUCAACUCGAAGACCAGAUCUUCCGUUUCGAACAAUCCUACCUCGAAGAAACAACCGCCGGAAACAUUAUUAAAGGGUUUGAUAACUACAUCAAGGGUUCCUCGAGCGGGCCUGGCGGAGCUGCGUCUUUGGCACUUUCUGGAGGCGUGGGGGGUACGAGGAGAAAGGCACAGGUGACGGAUUCCGAUCGCGUUUUCUCAAGAAGUUCGGCGAGCUUUAUGCGGGAUUCGACACCGUCAUCUGUACAGACUACUCCGUCGCACGCCCCGACACCGACAUCUGCCAAUGGGUCGUCAGGGAAACCGAAUGGCGAUUCUUCUGCGCCUGGAAGUGUGAAAGGAGGAUCAUCUUCGUCGAAGAAUAAAAAGAAGUCAAGUUCUAAUAAGGAGAAGAAUGAGGAUGACGAUGAGGCGGGGGAUAAACCGCCCGCGAAGAGGUUGAAAAUUAGCUACGGAAGGGAUUAAUCAUUUAGUUCUGAUGGGAGUUUUUGAGUUGAUUAUUCGGCUUUAUCCUAUUAAGAAUGUGGGAUUCGGGAUCGGUUAGGUGAUGGAGCUAUAAGGCGCUGGGGCUUUUACUUUUUCUUUCAAAUCAACGAGCAUCUACAUGGUUUUUGAUCAUGAUAUCCUUUGUAUUAUCAAGCGCAUCAGCUUAUCCA